GUGUGUGGUGUGUGUGUGUGUGUGUGUGUGUGUGUGUGUGUGUGCCGUUCCCCCAUUCGGCCCCGUGGGGGAGCUGCGGUUCUGCCUGUCUUCUCCAGCCGCCCUUCUGCCGCCGUUGGGGGUCUGCGCGGGACGCCGGAGGAAGGCGUCCCCGUCCCCAAACUCUCGACAGGGCUGCUCUUGGCAAGAAGGACGGGGGGUCCUCGGCUUCCCGGAGCCCCAAACUUAUGUUGCUAAGGGAGAAAUUGGUUAAGGGAGGUUGCCCAGUUUGAUGACGUUUGAGGCCACGGUCACGAAAGGAACUGUUGUAAGACGAGGACUUCCUGGGGAAUCACUGUAUUGUGAGAGAGGGGAGAACACUCCUGGAGGCGGAGGUCCAGGAAGUCUAGAAAAGGGUCAAGGAAAGGGCUCCAGGAAGAGAGUCCAGGAAGUGGAUCCAGGAAGGGGAUCCAGAAAAGGGACCCAGAACCGGGCCCAAGAAAGGGGGGGGGUCAAGGAUGAGGGUCCAGAAAAGGGGCCCAGAAUGGGGCUCAAGAAAGGGGUUCAGGAAGAGGAUCCAGGAAGUGGGUCUAGAAAAGGGUCCAGAAAAAGGGGUCGGAACAGGGCCCAAGAAAGGGGGUCAAGGAUGAGGGUCCAGAAAAGGAGUCCACGAAGGGGAUCCAGGAAAGGAAUCCAGAAAAGGGGUCCAGAAUGGAGCCCAAGGAAGGGGAUCCAGAAAGAGGAUCUGGGAAGCAAGUCCUGGAAAGGGGUCCGGGAAGAGGGUCCAGGAAGGGGGUCCAGAAAAGGAUCCAGAAAGGGAGCCAGAACAGGGCCCAAGAAAGGGGGUCAAGGAUGAGGGUCCAGAAAAAGAAUCCAGGAAGGGGGUUCAGGAAGGGGAUCCAGGAAAGGGGGCCAGGAAGGGGUACAAACUCCCUGAUGUAUCCGUCUCCUGCGUCCCCCAGCCGGUUCGGGAACAGGACGACUCGGCCUCAAGGGCCGUGGGGAGGGGGUGACCCUCUUUGCCCCCCCCAAUUCCCACCUGUGUCUUCUAGGGGGGAACCUCCGAGCGAGGCAGCCUCUCCUUGGGCUCAUCCCGUUUCGCCGUUCACGCAGCAACCCCUGAGAUUGGCGCUGUGCGACUGGUCCGGAAAUGGCUGGAAGCCUCCGAGGGCCUGAUCAGAGGAUCGUCCUGGUGGGCAAAACCGGAAGUGGGAAAAGCGCGACGGGAAACACCAUCCUGGGAAGCAACCUCUUUGAGUCUAGGCUGAGGUUUUGGUUACCAAUAAGCCAAAGGGAGGAGACCCGGUGGAAUGGCCGGAAGGUGGUGGUGGUGGAUACGCCGGGCUUUUUCGACCCUGGGGUUCCAGGGUUCCAAACUGUGGUGGAGCUCACGGAGUCUAUGAAGUUUUGUGCCCCGGGUCCCCACGCUAUUCUGUGGGUCAUGCGUCUUGGCGGUAUCUCCCCCCAGGAGGAGAAGGAGACGCUUCAGCUGGUCAAAGAGGUCUUCGGUCGCAAAGGCAAGAAUUACCUGAUCCUUUUGUUCACCCACAAGGAGGACCUGGAAGGGGAGACGUUGGAGGAAUUCAUAGCCCAGAGAGACGUCGCGCUUCGGGAACUGGUGGCCUUGUGUUGGCACCGCUGCCUGGCCUUCAACAACAAGGCCAAAGGGAUAGAACGGGUGUUCCAGGUGGCCGAACUGAUGCGGAUGAUCGAUCAGCUCGUGUACAAGAACGGGGAUGCGACUUGCUACACGGAGGACAUGCUGACGGCGGACAUAAACCACUUCAAAGAAAUGCGUCGCAUGCGUGGCGUCUCCUCGUGUCGUCUCCUCUAACGGACGCCGAAAAGCCUCUCUGGUCGAUCCUCUGCUCCAAGGGGGAAGCCCUUUCAAAGGCCACAACCCUGCAUUUCCCCCCCUUUUAGCUGCAACCCAGCCCACGCCAGGAGAUCUCCGAAGAACCCCAAAGUCCGAGAUUGGUGGCGGAGUCACCCUGAGCCGAUUCCUUCUCCGGAGAACCCACUUCCUCCCUUCAGACGACAGGAGUUUCUUCCAAGGAAGAUCCUGCCCCCUCCCUAUAUCAACUAGCCCCUUCCCCAGCCGAAUUCGCUGCCAGCCUACACCCCUGUCCCUUUAGAAGCACAGACUUCUCGGUCGGUCCGUUGAGGUCAACCAGGCCAGGAAACCGCCGAGACGAGAAAUAUUACGAAUUAUAAGUCGCAGAAUCUUGACAAUGUCUCCCGUUCGCUCCGGCUGGUGCCGAAGAACAUCAAGGCAAGGAGAGCCUUGAGGUUCUUUCUCACCUUUUCCUGUUUUCCUGAGCGGAAUCUCUGCUUUCAGAAGAACUGCCUGGCAUCCUUCCUUCCUUCCUUCCUUCCUUCCUUCCUUCCUUCCUUCCUUCCUUCCUUCCUUCCUUCCUUCCUUCCUUCCUUUCCUUCUUUCCUUCCUUCCUUCCUUCCUUCAAUCCUUCCUUCCUUUUUUCCUUCCUUCUUUCCUUCCUUCCUUCCUUCCUUCCUUCCUUCCUUCCUUCCUUCCUUCCAUGGGCCGACAUGGACUCAGUUGGGAGGGCACUUCUGUUUCAACCAAAGCUCCGAUUAAAUCUCCUCCUUGCUCAGGAAA